AUGAAUUCCCAAUUGAUUUUUGGUCAGAAUUCCAAAGAAGAUAUUAGGAGUGAAGUGCAAACAAAUGAGUCUCCGAUGGAAAUGGACUCAAAUGAAAGUGUAAAAGACAGUUCAGUUGAAUGUCAUUCAGGAAUCGGUCGCAAAGUGCUUUGGAAGAGUUUCUUCUCAUUUUUGGGCGUUUUAUCCAAAUUCAAAAACCCAAAGGCUUUAUAUCGCGACAAAGAGCUGACAAAUAUUUGUCUCAAUUUAUUGAGUUCUCCCGACUCUGAGCUACAAAAGAAUGCAUUCAAUUGUAUCAUAAGUUAUAAGUAUUCAUAUUUGGAUGGAUUUCACGACAAUUUCUUGCGAUUAAUCGAUGAAAAGACAUUUAAAUCUGAAAUCAAUUCCCUUAUAUUGAAUUCAGAGGACGAGAAGAAUGUUCUUCAGGCGGAGAAUCGAUCGAUGAUUAUUCCGAUUCUUAUGCGAAUUCUUUACGGAAAAAUGAUGGCAACCAAUGGCACCAAAAGACACGGCAAGAAUAGUGCGGACUUCCGGCGCUCAAUAAUUCUCAAAGUGUUGUCCGCUUUCAACCAAAACGAACUCAUUUUGUUUUUGGACUUAAUAUUUGCGCCGAUUAUUGAAUUUGUUGGACACGACUAUCAAACUUUGGAUGAAAGCAUCAAAACAAAGCUAAGUCUUAAGGAAUGCAUACCUUUGCGCCAAUUGCAGGCUAUGAUCAAAACGUUAGACUUUGUUUUGAAACAUUUGGGAAACAACUCGCAAGCAAUCACUGCUUACAUAUUUAAAGUUUUAGUUGUUAUCUCCACUUUUGUCUCUCAAUUGUUAUCUGAAAAUCGCGACUCAAUUAAUGAUCACUCGAUUAUCCGUUUGAAAGACAUCCGAUCCAAUUGUCUGAAAAUUGGCAAAAUAUUCUUCGAGACAUUUGACGCAUACGACUACUCGAGCAUUGAAUUGGACGCACUCUUUGAAGGCCUCAAAACUAAAGAUAAAAAGGGAAAGAAAAGCAAAACUUCAGCGUUUAGUUCACAGGAACUGACUAUUCUUUCGCGACUCAGCGCUUAUGUCUCACAAUCGGACGAAAGCUUUAAAUUAAUAAUUCUUUUGAUUAAUAGCUUUGAUUUGAAGAGAAAUGACGAGCAAAAGGAAUUGCAAACAAUGCAAGCGUUGUCUCAUUUAGUGAAGAAUGUGGCAAAACUGGAUGUCACACAUGUCUUGAGAUCAUUGGUUCCAUUGUUUGGCAUAAUUCGCAACUCUUUUUCCCGAACACAACUCUGUCACACAUUUGAGACGUUAGCACAAAAUAUGGCAAUUCGUGAGUCGGCUUUGGAUGUAAUCAGAAAUGUUUUGAAGAAAUUUGAGGAAUUCGACGACAAUUAUCUCUUCAAUGUAUUGGUUAUUAAACUCUUGUUAUAUUCGACUAUAUCUAAAGGACUCAGGAAUAAGUCCGAAUCAAUUAGGCAUCAAAUGAUUGAAUUACUUGUUUCAUUGAUUGAAAUCAAUGGUCAAAGACAUGUGAUUCUCAAACAACUGUCACUUCUGUGUAAUAAAGAAGACGAAGAAAUAGAUUUUUGGCUGAAUAUAAAACACAUUCAAAUUCAUAGGAGAACUCGAGCACUGAAUCGUUUUGCCAAAAAUGAAGAUUUGCUAAAAAGUCUAUCGAAUAAGAUAUUCUCCGACUUCUUGAUUCCGUUGACCACAAACUUUCUGAAAGAUGUUCAGUACAGCAAACAGACAGCACUGAUGAAUGCAUCGGUUGAAGCUAUCGGCGCCUUCUCUAAGCACAUCCAUUGGAAUAAAUACUAUUUUAUUCUCAAAUACUAUGUCAAUCAACUGAUCCAACAAAAAGGCGAUCAGAAAAUGAAUAUAAAAGUUAUUUCUUCUAUUUUGGAUAACUUUUCUUUCGAUGCAUCCAAUCGUUGUAAUGAAGAAGAGAUCCCAACCGAUGAAGAAAUGGAAACUAAUGUCAAAUCAUUGAAUACCAGUAAUGUCUUGCCCUCUAAUGAUAAGAUAUAUGACUCGGCUGUCAAUCAUUUAUUACCGCUUCUGCAUAAGUGUUUGCAUCAAAAGUCACAAAUAGAUUAUGCGUUCGACUCCAUGAAGAAUGAGUACUCAGAAGACGAUGAGAUCCAAAGAGUUCCCAUCGCUUUGGCUAUAAUUAAUCAACAAGUCUUAAAGUCAAACAUAUCGAGUGUUUUCCUACGUUUGUGUCAAUUCUUGCAGUCGAGGACUCAGAGUAUAAGGGAUUUGGCGAGAAAUACAUUCGUUAAAGUGAUGGAGUGUUUGGGCCCUAAAUAUGUGGCGAAUGCUCUCAAAGAAAUGCGUUCAUCGCUUUCCAAAGGAUAUCAAAGGCAUGUCUUUGUUUACUCCGUUUAUACCAUUCUUGCGAGUCUUAGACCGCAAUUAAAAUGUGGAGAUUUGGACAAUUGUUUGGAUACUUUGCUCGAAGUGUGCUCUUUAGAGCUCUUUGGAAAUCUAUCGGAAGAGAAGGAGGUCUCGCAGAUCACCACUAAAUUAAAAGAAGCGAAAAAAUGCAAAACAACAGUUGUAUCACAAGAUUGUUUGCCUCAAUUGUUAGCGCCGCUAAAAACAACACUACUGGGCGCUCAUAACCAUAAAGUUGUGAGAAAAGUAUCUCAAAGUCUUAGUAAAGUGGGUCAGGGGUUGGUAUCAAACUCCGGGCUAACUCACGAAGCGCUUAUAAAAUUCAUUUAUGACUUAACUAAUGAUACGCUUUUAGAGCGACGGUUGAAAUUAGAUAACAAUUUGAAUGACACGCCAAAGAAGAGCGAAAACAAAAGGAUCGAUUCGCGUCUUAUUGUAAAACCCAUUUACCAGAGAUCCGAAAAAGUAUCCAAAAUCGGUGAGACAUCCAACUCACACGUUAUCAUUGAAUUUGCGCUAAUCAAACAAAAGCGGAUCCAAACUUCAAAUGAAGAACAUUUAGCACUUCUGGACCCCUUUAUUCCUCUAUUGGAAACAAUAUUGGAUUCAAAAGAUGCCAAACUGGCCACACUUUCAUUGCAAUCCCUUUUCCUAAUGUAUACCAAGUUCUCAGAUUUACCCGCAUUUGCAACUCAUUCGGAAAGUAUAAUGAAAACUAUAUUUGUUUUGCUCAACAAAUACGCCAAAUUCGGGAUCAGUGACAGAGAGGACGAUAACGUGCAACUCGUUGUGCUUUGCUUUAAGACUUUGAGUCUCUUUAUCAAAGACAGGACUGAUGUCCACAUUAAUGACGAACAGAUGGCCGUUCUCUUGUCAUACGUCGAUCAGGACUUACACAACGACUCGCAUCAGUCGACGGUCUUUAUUAUAUUGAAGUCCAUUAUUCAUCGCAAAUAUAGUUCACAUGCUUUUCAUCGUAUUAUGAAGAAUGUGACCGAAAUGUCCAUUACAUCACAGAUUGAUUCCGUUCGCAGUACUUGCAGUCAAUUGUGUGUCAAAUAUCUGACAGAAUAUUCUCAGGCAAACCAUUUGACUAAACGAAUCAAUUUCUUCAUCCGACACCUCGAAUACGAGAAGACGUCGGGCCGGGAGUCGGCCCUCUAUGUACUCAAUCAUCUCAUCUCAGAACUAAGUUAUGAAUAUUUGCGCCAAAAUAUAGCCGUCUUUUUUGUUCCCCUUUCCUCGCGAUUAGUCAAUGAGACUGAGAGUGAGGCCAAGAAAUUAGUGGCCGAUUCACUCACCAAACUCUUGAGACGACUCACGCAAACAGAUAGAAGUGAUUUGUUUAAUGAUAUGAUUAUUCCGUGGCUUAAAUCUGAACCACUUCUGCAAACACUGUUAGCCUCACACCUCUGCUCUUUGUUUAUGUCAGUCGAGAACAAAGACUUCUUGAAUCGAUUGCCAAAUCCGUCCCGAUAUGACAGUUCUAUAAACACGGAUACCGGUGCCGCAAAGAGUGCCGAUAUCGACCCGCAAUUCAUUAAGAAAAGUCAGUUCAUCGAUGAUGUGAACGCAAUAUUAGAUUAUUAUGAAUUGAAAAAUAGCCCACAUCUCACACAAAAGCGUGUUUGUGUUAUCAAAUGGAUGGCAGCGGUAGCCGUCGAGUUGGCCACCGAUCGAUUGGAGCAGUUUUUGCCAAACUUUUUGCCACUUCUUUGUCGUGAAGAGUCUAAUGGUGACAACUCGACCGAAAAUGAAGUGCUCGUUCUCACCAAACAAGUCCUCCAACUCUUCAAGAAUAUUAUAGGAACUGAAAAGUUCAGCGAAUUUUAUACGAAAGCGAGAACUGAGUUGACUCUCAAAAGACUUGACCGCAAGAAAAGCCAUGCGAUUCAGUCGGUGAAUGAUGUGAUGAAGAGUUCGAAACGAAAAAUAGAGAAACACAACAAAAACAAGAUCUCGAAGAAGAGAAAACAUUCAAAUCUAAAGUCAAAAUUCAAUUGA